AUGCUCUCCCAGCAAUCCUACGUCUCCUCGAACCACUCGCUUCCCUCUCGCUUCUCCGCGUUCCACUUCAUCACAACCGCGCAUAGAAACAACCCCACUCCUCACAUCUCCAUGAUCUGUCGCAAGGCUAUCUCCGCACCUCCGACUCUCCAAUCACUCACCACAGUUCCAAACCUCUCCAAUCCAUCUAACUCUGCUCUCCUGAGCGAGACAUCACAACAGCUCCCUCAACUCUCUCCCAGUCCUCCGUCUUUCUCUCCGCCUCACCAAGUCCCUUCUGACUUUACUCAACAGAACCCAUCCCCAUCGCUCACUGCCCCUCUUCUCACAAUUCCACUCAAAGUCGACCUUAUGUCAUCACAGAGCCUCCUUCUCCACCUCUGUCAAGGGCGCCGGUCUUCCAUAAUGCCUCCUCCGACCGUCGGAGCGCCUCGUCUCAUCUCGCUCACUCUCACCCUUCCUGACUGUGUCACUCCAUCGUCUCCUGAAAUCACACCUCUUCGUCAAACACAGCGCUGUCAGCGGGCCUCACAAACUACUCCGAUAGGUCCGCAAGAGUACUCUCCAUACUCACACUCGCGUAAUCCGUCCAAUCUGACAAUCAAGCGGAAACUCUUGACCGUCCUCACAACCCUCAAUCCCGGUCACGCUCUAUCUCAAGUCGCCUACCUCUCUCGAUCCCACACUCUCCUCCGACAAGUGCUAAUUCCAACCAUUCCAUCUAAGAACGCCCCACUACAGAAAUUCUCGUCCUCCUAUCCCUCUCUCCAGUUCCGAAAACCCCCUCCUCUGCGUCUUCCAAUCUCCAAAACCACCGUUCCUCUCUCUCACCUCAUCUCCGGCGCUCUGACCCCGACUCAUUUCGCUCGAGCUCUCUCUGCACCUCUCUAUCGCAACUAUCCCACGGCCACGCCCACCUACCAAUCUCCCUCGCCCUCCCUACAUCCUCAUGCAACCGCGCAAAUGCUCAGGCCUCGGCACGUCUCCCAACUUCCAACUCCGCGGGAAACAGCACUCUGUGUUCUCAAUCUUCAUCAUGUCACGCUCGAGUCACCCAUCUACUCCGUCCGGGCUGCUCCAUCCGUUCCACGAUCCUCUCCCGUUCACUCAUCCGAAUGA